AUGCCUGAGCUCAGCAUCCCCAUUAUCGAUUUCUCUGGAUUUUAUUCCGAAGAUCCCGUUCUAAAGCAAAAAGUUGUUGAUCAAGUCCGCGAAAGUUGCCUUUACAAUGGCUUCUUCCAAAUCACUGGCCACUCCAUUCCCCUCGCAAAGCAAAAGAAGGUCAUGGACUGUGCCAAGAAGUUCUUUGACCUCUCUCUGGAGGAAAAGCAACAAGUCUCUAAAGAUAACAACACCUGGAACCGCGGCUAUGAAAUGCUGAGAUCCCAAAUGCUCGAGGAAGGGACCCAGCCAGAACUUAAGGAAGGAUUCUACAUCGGGGAAGAUAUUGAUAAAUCACACCCCUACUUCAUCAACAAGAAGCUCAACAGUGGACCAAACCAGUGGCCAGAAGCCCUUGGAGACGGCCUUGAAGGCUUCAAAGAUGGAACUAUGGGAUACUAUCAUGCUGCCUUACAGCUGGCUUCAGACUUGAUGCGAGUUUUAGCCUUGUCGCUGGAUCUUGAAGAGACUUACUUUUCUGAAUACAUGACCGGAGCAGUGUCUACAAUGAGGCUUCUCCAUUAUCCUAGCCAACCGAAAGACGCGGAUGAAAAGCUCACCAGAGGAAUUGGGGCGCACACCGAUUUUGGUGGCAUCACGAUGCUGAUGCAGGACACAGUCGAUGGACUUCAAGUUUGGGACCAGAAAAGCUCGACAUGGAUAGAUGUAGCCCCAACUGAAGGCGCACUGGUGAUCAAUCUGGGAAACCUUAUGAGCCGUUGGACCAAUGAGAAGUACAAGAGCAACGUUCACAGAGUUAUCAACAAAUCCGGCAAGGAGAGGUACUCUAUCCCAAUCUUCGUGUCAGGGCAGCCUGACUACAUGAUUGACUGCAUUCCUACCUGCAAGAAAGCAGACGAGCAGGCAAAGUUUGAACCUGCUACGGUUGAACAGAUUGUUUCAGCUGCGUAUGCUGAGUCUUAUGGACGGGCUCAGCUGUACAAACAACUUGCGGCAAAGAAGAUGGCCGAGAAUCAAGUGGCUCAGCAGCCAGCACCAGUCGCAGUCGCUUAG